AUGACGGACGAUGUGGUGUACACAACUGUAGCCAUUAUCAGAUACCACCAAGUACGUCAGCACGAUCUGGUGUCAACACUACUACGUCUUGCCUUUCCUUGGGUUAAGCAGUAUAUUAUUAUCAACAGUGUGAUAUAUAGCAUGGAACUAGUAGAGAAGAAGAAGAAUGAACUCGUUAAUUCUGAUCUUGACAUGAAUGUGCAACCGCUUGUAGUCAAUGCAUUAUUGCAACUAAAAGAGCUAUGGCAGACGUUUGGGUUAUCCGAGCAAGAGCAGUUGCAACAAAAGAGACUCAUGCUUGAGAUAGUGGAAAAAAGCUGUCAAGAUAGAGUGAGUAUGUGGCACAAUGAAGUUGACCGCGCUACAAUGCGAGUUACAGAGCUGGAGAAGGAGGUGCAGACUAUCAAAGCGCAGUUCCAGGGCAACAAUUCAGCAGGAUGGUGCAUGCAAUCGCUGGACCAGCUCUCUGGUAGUGCACUUCGCGAUAAAGUUGCACGACUUGAAAUGGAAUUCAAGUUUCUCGAUAGUAUUCGCACUAGCAGAUUGAACGAAGUCAAUAAACUACAAGACCAAUUAAUGACGCUGGACAAGAAGCUGGGUUCCACAUCUGUACUACCUUCAGGUGUUUCUAAGCUGAGCGAAGAGUUUAAAGCAGCUUUGCAAGAAUUGGUUGCAAAUAAGUCACGCGAAAUACACAUACGGAGAGCUGCCCUGCUGGAGGCUGUUAGUGAAUGUGUACAGCUCGCUCAAGAGCUUCAAAUUGAACCAGAUCACACUUUUGAAGCAGAUGUUAACGCUCGCUUAAAGAAGAGAGAUUUAUCAACCGAAAUGCUUCAGAAGAUUUCACUGAGAACUGUGGAGCUUCGAGAGGUGAAACUUAAACAGGAGGCACGUUUGGCGGAGAUGUUAGGAAAAAUCCACAAUCUUUGGCGUCAACUAAAGAUAUCGAAGGAAGAGCAGGAACGUUUUCAGAUGACCAUUCACGGAAUUGGCAAAGCUGCACUCGCGUCGUGCGAGGCGGAGUUAAAAAGGUUACAACGUUACUGCAAGCGAUAUGCUGCAAUUGCUGUCCAGGUUGAAAACCUGCGCAACGCCAUUACAAAGCACUGGGAUCUACUUGGUUACAACUCCGACCAACGUGCUCCUUUCAACGCUAUGAUGACAACACCGGACACAGAAUUGUCCUUCAGGAUCUUUCGUGCUCAUGAGAAAGAAUUUGAGCGACUUAAACGUCAAAUGUCAGCCAUGAAGUUCCUCACCCAUUAUGUUUCGAAGCGCGAGGAAAUUCUACAAGCUCGUGCACAGCAUGGCGUUCCUGACAAGCAAACGCGUUUGCACAUUGAACAGGACUUGCCACGAUACACUGCAAUAUUGCUAAAUCGUAUUGGAAAAUGGGAGAAGGAGACUGGGUUAGUCUUUUGCUGGAAAGGUGAGCCGUACCUGGAACAAAUGCGCCUAGCUGACCACAAGUUUGAAAAACAGAGAAAUAAAACCAAGCAAGUUCAGCCGCAACAAACAUUAGCACAGCAGACGCAGCAUGUUACUGUCGCCUCAUCAAGUGGGUUUAACAUCAACCAAAGGCGUCGGAUUCAGCGAAACACUCGACACUCGAUUGAAGAACGUGCACCCUCACGUUUUUCAACAACGGAGGAACAAUUUCAACCUCGUCGUUCCGAUUCACAAGUCCACGAACGUCCUCGAUGGCGAAAGUUUUUCCGCAGUACAUUUUCAAGACAUGAGAACUCAUAA